CGAUUAUAACGAUGAUCGUUUGACAAUGAAUAUCAAUUGAUUUUUAUUUGAAUUCAGAGCUCGAAAUAUCGAAUGUACGAUUACUCGUACAAUUGGCUAGUGUUGGGCUCGCAUUACAAUAACAGUAUUCCUUUCUUGAACGAUACUGCUUAUAACAUAGUAACUGAUGUUGUUCUUGCUAUAACGAACAAAAAUGGCUAUGAUCUGUACGAUGUUUUUAAUCACUGCAAAUAUCGUGGUGGUGCGUUAAACGUUACCGAGCUUGGUACCUGGCAUCGUGAGUCUGGAUUGAAAGUUUUCUUAACGCAACCAUUAAUUAGUAGAAGGGCCAACAUGCACGGCAUGAGAUUAAAAAUAUCUGGUGUGAUUCAAUACAGACCAAAAAAUAUGCGUCUCGAGGAUUACAUGCAAGACAUAAAUACGAGAUCGUUGGAUAGUAUGCAUAAAUUUGUACACGCUAUGAUUUUGCAUACAGGAGAUCUUUUUAAUUUCAGCGUCCAUGCCUCGGAAAUAAUUUAUUGGGACCGACACAGCGUGCAUGGUUUGAUUUUCGAAUUCUUACGGUCGAAUUACAUCGAUUUCGCUAGUAAUCCAAGAAUUAUGGUGUCUGAACGAUUGGAUUACGCUACUCUAAUCGGCGCAGCAUGGCCAAUUAGACCCUGUUUCAUGCUGCUAUCGACUUCAACGAAUAAGAUCAAAUUAGAAAUCUUUUUGAAACCCUUCACACGGCAAACGUGGUACGUGUUUGCUGUUUUCGGAUUAUUUUCCGUAUUCGUUAUGAAGAUGAUAAUGAAUCGCGAAGAUAUUGGCAAGAGAGAAAAAUAUUCAGGAGCGGUGGUGCUGUCGAUAGGAAUCGUGUCUCAACAAGGUGCAAAUUUUUUACCGAAACGUUUACCAAGCCGUAUAGCGUUAUUUCAAAUAAUUAUACAUAGCUGGAUAAUGUACAAUUAUUACUCUGCCAGUAUUGUCUCGGCUCGAUUGAGCGAACCCCUUGAUAUGAUGGAAGAUUCUGUAACUGUUCUUGCUGAUAGUAAUCUAAAAAUUGCUGCGGAAGCCGUACCAUAUCUAAACUACUUUUUAUACAAACUGAACUGGGAAUCGGAUUAUUUUCGCAAGAAACGCUGGGAUCCUCUGCCAGAAUCAAAACGAUAUCUCCCAAUAGAAGAGGGUAUCAGACAAGUCGGUCAAGGAAUUUUAGCGUAUCAUACAGAUCCUAAUACAGCUUACCCUUACGUCGAAAGAAUGUUCGAUUCAAAUAAAAUCUGCGAAUUGACGGAGAUUCAUUUGUUCAAACAAUCGGUGAUGGGAAUGUACGCCAGUCACAAUGGACAGUUCAUUGAGAUAGCAAAAAUUGGGUUGACAAAGAUGUUUAAUACUGGCCUUCGUAAUCGGCAAAUCAAACAUUGGUCAUCGAGGAAGCCACAGUGUCAACCCGACACUUUGUCCACAAGGAGCAUCACGAUCUACGAAACUGCUCCAGCUUUGAUUUUAUUGGCAUUCGGAAUGCUCGUAGCUGGAAUCAUUUGCAUCGUGGAAAAUAUUAUUUACAAUCAUACGAUGAAGAGUAUGGAGAAAAGUGCACGAAAGAGAAGCGAAGCGAAAGGAAGUUUCAGCAGUAGCAACAGCAGACGUAACUUAUUAGAUAUAAAUCCAAAUUACACCGUAUAUAAUAAAUAUUUACAUGCAGAUGAUUAUCAGAUCGUUAAACUUCUCAAUGAUGCUGGGAUUGGGGUGUCCAUAAAUCAAUUUGCAUCGACAAUCGAUAUAUCCCGAUUUUUGCACAGUAUUUAUUGGAAUUUAGGUAUAUUCUUGGACCUACAGUGCUCAAUCGCGGACAAAGAUGUAAUGGAACUUUUCUACGAGACCUCGACCCAUUACAUGUUUGAUCAUUUGCAUCAAUGGUUGAUCGUGGGAGAAAAUAUGAGCCAUACUGUCAACUUAUUAAACGACAGUACAUUUAGUAUCAUCACGGAUAUCGCGAUUGCUAUACCAAGGGAUGAUGAGUACAUUUUAUAUGACGUAUAUAAUCAUUGCAAAUCUUGCGGUGGUUUGUUAAAUGUCACGGAACUUGGUACCUGGUCUAGGAACGAUGGAUUACAGAUUACUCUGCGGUCAAAUAAAUUUUCCAGAAGAUGGAAUUAUCAUAGGAUGAAGAUCAAGAUUGCUGGUCUUGUAACAGUUAAACCUAAGGAUCAAGAUUUGGUGGAAUAUCUACGAGAAAAGAAUGAUAUACGCAUGGACAAUUGGUCUAAGUUUGGAUUUGCUAUCAUGGAACACGUUCGAGAUCAAUUCAAUUUCACCUUUGAGGUGAUAAAACUGGAUCAUUGGAGCAAAAAUGAUAGCAGUUUUGGACCAUUGAUAGCUGGCCUUCACAAUGACAUCUAUCACAUGGGAUAUUUUCCAUCGAUUUUGACUAUCGAAAGACUCAAUUAUGCAAAUGUAAUUACGCAAGUUUGGCCCGCAAGAACCUGCUUUAUGUUUCUUACUGUACCUUCGUCAAAAGUGGACAUGAACCUAAUCUUCAGACCAUUCUCACGAAAUGUUUGGUACAUGAUCCUUUUAUUAAUAAUCGUCAUAAUUUUCGCUAUGUGGAUAAUUUUUAAACUCGAAAAAGAUGCUAUUUACUCUGACUAUGGGUCCACAGUUCUCAUUAUUGCCGCUGCAUUAAGUCAACAGGGAUUACCAUUUAUUAGCAAUCAAUCUUCUAGUCGUGUUGCUUUUUUUCAUACAAUGAUCUUUGGUCUACUUGUAUAUAACUAUUACUCAGCAGCAAUAGUAUCCAGCCGGCUGAAUGCACCAUUAGAUAAAAUGAACGAUUCAUUGUAUUCAUUAGUAAAAAGUAAAAUGAGUCUUGCAGCGUUUAAGGAUAUAUAUUUCAGUGUUUUGUUGCAAUCUUCUGCGGAAGAUGUUCAAUAUUUUCAGAAACACUGGGAAACUAUACCACAAAAGAAAAGAUUUCUUUCGAUAGAGGAUGGUGUGGAAAAAAUGAAGAACUUAAGAUUUGCUUAUCACGCGGUGCCCGAUAACGUUUAUCCAUUUAUAGAUCGUAAUUUUGAUAAAGAAAUGAUUUGUCAGCUUACCGAAGUACAUUUACUUCGUCCUUGUUCGUUAGGUUUAUGGUCAACUCAACAUAGUCCGUUUCAAGAAAUAACGAAAAUAGGUAUUCUUAAGAUAUCCACUUCGGGGAUUCGGAAGCGAGAAGUGUCACGUUGGAGUUACAGAAAACCUUAUUGCAACAAAGAUAAAUAUCAUGUAUCUAGUGUAACUAUUCAUGAAGCGAUACCAGUUAUACUUGUUUUAUGUUUUGGCAUCAUUUUAUCAGCUGUUAUUUGUUUCAUCGAAAAUGUAGUUUUCCGCAAAUUAAGCACAAAACAGGAACAAGUAAAAAAAUCUGAAAGUCGAUUAAAAAAACGUAAUCAGAAAAAUAUUGUACCAAGGAUUAAAACUACGGUAAAGACAAAAAUAUCUGUUCGUGUAACUAACAAAAAAAAAUUUUUUUCUAAUAAAUAAAAAUUUU